AUGAUAAAAAAUUCAUUCAUUUCACUUAUUUCACAAGAAGAAAAAAAAGAAAACAGAGGUUCUGUUGAAUUUCAAGUAUUAAGUUUCACAAAUAAGAUACGAAGACUUACUUCACAUUUGGAAUUGCACAAAAAAGAUUUUUUAUCAAAAAGAGGUCUACAAAAAAUUCUGGGAAAACGUCGACGUAUGCUGGCCUAUUUGUCAAAGAAAAAUGGAGUGCGUUAUAAGAAAUUAAUUGAUGAAUUGGAUAUUCGAGAACCAAAAAAUUGUUAA